UAACUAUAAAAAAAAAAAAAAACAAUAUUAGAAAAUAGAAAGGAAAAUGAGUAGCUCUUUCUUUGAAGUCUGAAAGGAAAUCAGUUAAUUGAAAAGCAAUACCGUGUUUAAUUCGAUCAUAAAACGCAUAGCUUGCUUCAUACGUCUCGUACGCAACUUAUGUUCAAAUUUUGGGGUGUCGAAGAGCAACAGGCUCAGCCAAGUCCUCAAGAAGCUAAUAAUGCUUCAUGGUAUUCGUCUUCUGCAGUCAGCUCACCCAGCUCUUCCCGACCUGCAACCCCUAGUUCAAGCUCUUCUAACAGCUUGAAUGUUCAGAGUCCGACAAACAGGCCAAGCUCUUUGUCCCAUGUUUCCCCUGCAGAGGCUGCUGGUAUCAUUGCUGCUUUAAAAAAUAAGAGUGUUGAUGAGCUAAAGAAGCUUCUUUCUGACAAGGAUGCUUAUCGCAACUUCUUACUCUCACUUGAGGCUGUCAAGACUCAGAAUAAUGUCAGGGAUGAACUUCGGAAUGAAACUCUGCAGCUUGCUAGGAAGAAUUUAGAAAAAGAACCCCAGAUAAGGGAGCUUAGGAAUCAGUGCAGAAUCAUCCGCACAUCUGAACUGGCUGCUGCUCAAGAAAAAGUGCAUGAGCUGGAAAGGAGAAAAGAACAGCUUCUAAAGUUGUACUCUCCUGUAUCACUUCUCCAUCAGCUACAAGAUGCCAUGAAGAAAACGGAGGAGGAAUCUGAAGCCCUUCUUGGCCAGCUCCUUGAUCGAGAAAUUGAUCUUACAACAUUUGUACAGAAGUCCAAAAAACUGACAUCCAGUUACCACAAACGUUCCCUCACACAUCUUGCUGCUAAGGCAUCUUUAGCUGCUUGACUGGUGCUUGAUUGAUGUAUAAACAUUAGAAUUUUGGCUGCUUCUUGCUGAGACCGUCUGUGUAAAUAUUCUUCAGGUGUGAUUUCGGGAUCAAUUUCAGACUGACUGCAACUCUUUGUGAGGGACAUAUCGAAUUAAAUGUUGUAGAAAUAUCAGUCGCACUUGCCAUCCUUCCACUAUAGUAUAGUCAUGCUUUCAUAUGCCCGAUGUUUACUCAUGCCUCAUUUGGUGUUAUAAUUCAUGUACUAGAAAAAGGAAGAUUUAUGGUUUAGUCUUUGCUACUCAGUUUAGAGGCGUGA